AGCACCCGACCCCGGCCAGAAGACCAAGCGAUAGAGGAUGGAGCGACCAAGGAAGCAGCGGAAGUUGAAGCACCACCCCCGGCCCUCACACUACCAACUCUGCAGGUCGACAACAGAAUCCAAGUCCAAGUGUGUCUACACGUGAUCUGUCGCACGUGGAGUCUCACUGAAGUUCCCUACGUCGUCGCCUCCCUCAAGGAGUUCUUGGGUCUUCCGCCUCGGACGAUUGCGGACGUGAGCAAGUCGAGUGACUUGGUGACGCUGCGCCGAGUCAUUGCACUGGACCAGUUCGAACCUGCCGACAGCAUCCUGACAUGUGCCGGGUUUAGACGCUGGCAGUUCAAUGAAGCGAUGAAGAACGCCGUUGACGCUGACAAUUUGGAGAUGGCCAAGGUUCUGCUUGAGAGCUUCCCCGACUUGAAGGCGUCGUUUGAUGCUGUGAAUCUUGCAGCUUCCAACGGCCGAGCCGAUAUAUUGGCCUUGAUGUUCAGUCGGAACGCUACGACAAGCUACGAUCUCAUCAGGUCGGCACUGGAGCACGGACACUUGGAGCUAGCGCAGUGGCUAGUGCCACGCGUGAACAAGGUGGCUUCGGCCACUUGGAUUAGGGCGGCUGUCAAGGGUGGGAGUCUUCAGGCGGUGCAGUGGGUCUACAAUCUACAGCCUCGUUGCGAUGGGAUAUCUUCCGGUGCUAUUGACGCGGCGGUGAAAGUCGGCAUCGUGGAGAUGGUAAGGUGGCUUCUUGAACGCUUUCAAGGGUUUGUGGAUAUGGCUCGAGUGGUGCGUUCCGCAGUCAUGGACACUGCUGCCGGAAACGGCCACUUGGAGAUGGUCAAGUGGUUGCAUGCGCACAGAACGGAAGGCGGCACGAGGGAGGCCAUGGAUAGCGCUGCAGUCAGCGGACACCUGGAGGUUGUCGAGUGGCUGCAUGCCAAUAGGGUGGCAGGCUGUACUACUCAAGCUGUGGAUGGUGCCGCCAAGAAUGGCUACAUAGACGUCAAGUGGCUGCUCCAGAAUCGCAGUGAAGGCUGUUCACCUCGGGCUAUCAAUUCCGCCGCCGCCGGUGGCCACCUAGAAAUUGUGCAGUGGCUGACGAAUUACGGCAAGACGUGCACUACGGAUGCUAUGGACGUCGCGGCAUGUAAUGGGCAUUUGCACGUGGUAAAGUGGCUACACGCGAACCGGAGUGAGGGAUGCACGACCCAAGCGAUGGAUGAGGCCGCGAAGAAUGGGCAUCUUGAUAUUGUGCAAUGGCUGCAUCGCAACCGAAGCGAAGGCUGUUCGGGUAACGGAAGUCACUGUGCGAUGGACGUUGCUGCUGGGCAUGGUCACUUGGAGAUUGUCAAAUGGCUACACGAGAACCGAACGGAGGGCUGUACUACAGAUGCUAUGGACUGUGCUGCUAGAAAUGGGUACCUGGAAGUCGUGCAGUGGUUGCAUUUCAACCGCCAGGAAGGUUGCACGACUCGUGGGGUCGACGAAGCGGCACAGAACGGGUUCCUCGAAGUUGUAAAGUGGCUUCUCGAGAAUCGGUUGGAAGGGUGUUCAACCAAUGCAAUG